AUGCGUCUAAACUACAGCGCCAAGUACGAAAACGGCACAGUUGCAACUUACACAUCCAAGAGUGCCGGAAGAAUCCCCGACUCAGUUGGGGACAAGAUCAUUGCCAAUAUCCAAACAUGGUCUGGUGGUAAAUAUACCGUUACUAGGAGAGAAGAACAAAAUUUGAUCACGGUCAAGAAUGUAGUCCCAGCCCCGGAUAAGGGAACCGGGAGUGAUCAGGUUAAGGAGAUGCAAAGCAUUGUUAACAAGAACAUCAAGUAG